AUGAGACAGACUCAAAGUCCUUUCAUUUUCUCUGUCACCAUCGCCAUCUUCCUCCUCUUCUCCAUCUGCCACUCCGGAGCUCUAUCUCAAUCCCAAAAUGAUUGCAAACCUGUAUCCAACAACACAUGUAUCGACAAAAACAAAGCAUUAGAUCUCAAACUUAUAGCAAUCUUCAGCAUCCUCAUCACUAGCCUUAUCGGCGUUUGCCUUCCCUUCUUCGCCCGGUCCGUUCCCGCUUUUCAGCCCGAGAAAUCUCACUUCCUCAUCGUCAAAUCAUUCGCCUCUGGAAUCAUCCUCUCCACUGGUUUUAUGCACGUUUUGCCUGAUUCUUUUGAUAUGCUCUCUUCUCCUUGUCUUGGCGAUAACCCCUGGCACAAGUUUCCUUUCACUGGCUUCGUCGCUAUGAUCUCCGCCAUAUUCACACUCAUGGUUGACUCUAUCACCACCAGUGUUUUCACCAAGUCGGGCAGGAAGGACUUGCGACCUGAGGUGACAUCAGCUGAGACUCCUGACCAAGAGAUAGGGCGCGUGCAGGUUCACUCACCCCAUCAUGGCCACGGUCAUGGUCAUGGUCUUCAUCAUGACGUUCAUGGAGAUAAUGAUAAGGAGCUUGGUUCUUCCUUACAGCUCCUGCGGUAUAGAGUUAUUGCCAUUGUACUGGAGCUAGGAAUAGUGGUGCACUCGAUAGUGAUAGGACUCUCUGUAGGAGCCACUAACAAUACUUGCACGAUCAAAGGCCUCGUCGCUGCUCUUUGUUUCCACCAAAUGUUCGAAGGCAUGGGUCUUGGUGGCUGCAUCCUCCAGGCAGAAUACGGGUGGUUGAAAAAAGGAGUGAUGGCUUUCUUUUUUGCGGUGACAACGCCUUUUGGAGUGGCUCUUGGUAUGGCAUUAUCUAAAACUUACAAAGAGAAUAGCCCUGACUCGCUCAUUACUGUUGGACUUCUCAACGCUUCUUCAGCUGGACUACUCAUCUACAUGGCUCUAGUCGACCUUCUCGCUGCCGAUUUUAUGGGACAGAAGAUGCAACGGAGCAUCAAGCUUCAAUUAAAGUCUUAUGCCGCUGUUUUGCUUGGUGCCGGUGGCAUGGCCGUCAUGUCUAAGUGGGCUUGAUCUACAUCAUUUGUGGACACUUAGCAUACAUAUUUAAUGUAACCAAAUCAUCAUACUAUCCAAGUUAUGUGAUCAGUUGAUCAAAAAUUGUUAAAUAUUGACUGAUGCGAAAUCAUAUAUAUAAAUAAUUCCAUUCUGUUUUA